CAUUCCCAGCCUUGGUAAUGGGUAAGGCUUGUGUAUGAAGAUCGGAUUCUGAAACUCUGUCUACUCGUUGUCAUUUAUCAACACGUGGGGUACAUUCGUUACAUUUCCUCGAAGACUCCGAAUCAUUCGAAUCGACGGUUGAAAAUGAUUGCAAAUGUAUGUGUGCUUUAAACUGGAGUUUGUACAUGGGGAUCCUUGUAGGCCAUGCGUGCAGCUGCAACGAGUAGACAGCCAGUACGAAACCGACAAAAACACGCACAAGGUGACAUACCAACGGAAAGUUGAGAACUGAGAGAGAGAAACAGAGAGAGAGAUUGUGUUGGUGUUGGUGUUGCCUCGGAGCCUCUGCAGUAGUCUGCAUAUCGAUUAAGGAUUCUGUGCUACUCUCAAUUACUAUAGCUGGUUUGAUUAGUGCAAUUUUCUUGGGGGCUAAGAUGAGCUUUACUGGCCCUUCAGUGGGUUCUGGUGGUCGAACUGCUAGGAGGUUAGUUGAGUUCGGAAGGACCUAUGUGGUGAGACCUAAAGGUAAACACCAAGCCACUGUAGUUUGGCUACACGGCCUUGGUGAUAAUGGCUCAAGCUGGUCCCAGCUACUGGAGACCCUUCCUCUUCCAAAUAUAAAAUGGAUAUGCCCAACUGCUCCUACCCAGCCAAUUACUGUUUUCGGUGGCUUUCCUUCCACUGCUUGGUUUGAUGUGGGAGACCUGUCUGAAGAUGCUCCUGAUGACUUAGAGGGUUUGGAUGCUUCAGCAGCACAUGUUGCAAAUUUGUUGUCAACAGAACCUGCCGACAUUAAACUUGGUGUUGGAGGUUUCAGUAUGGGUGCAGCUACUGCACUAUAUUCUGCCUCUUGCUUUACUCAAGGGAAAUAUGGAAACGGCAAUCCAUACCCAGCCCAAUUAAGUGCAGUUGUUGGACUAAGUGGCUGGCUUCCUUGUUCAAAGACCUUAGCUAACAAGUUACAAGGGGUGGAUGAAGCUGCUAGGCGUGCUGUGUCCUUGCCCAUUUUGCUCUGUCAUGGCAAAGCUGAUGAUGUGGUUCUUUAUAAAUUCGGUGAGAAAUCCUCACGGUCCUUGAGUUCGUGUGGAUUUCAGGACGUGACAUUCAAAAGCUAUAAUGGGCUUGGUCACUACACAAUCCCUGAAGAGAUGGAUGAAUUCUGCACUUGGCUAACUUCAAAGUUGGCUCUUGAGGGGGCCUCUUCGUAAGAUGAUGUAAGAUUUCGAGUAACAGCAAGCUAGCAAGAACAAGAAACCAAAGGGCAAGUAUGUCUACAGUUAUUAGCAACAAAUAUGGGUACCUAAGGAGUAACAUUGGGUAUUGUUGGAUAUUGUUUUGGCUGGUUGGCACCUUGAUAAGCCAUAUUCGUGAACUGCAAGGCCAUUUAUUUGGGGUAAUUAAAAAGCUGUUUGGAAUUGAUUA